AUGCUGCACAACCCAUACACAUCGUCAGCACCGCUACUCUCUACGGCUGACAACUCGGCCCACUUGCUAAGCCCUCAUGCCAUUGCUAGAAAGGUCUCGAGCCUCUCGAACAGUUCCUCAACAUACUCGAACCAGACCCAGCAUUCAUUCACCUCUAAUCAGUCAUCGGCAUCGCAGGGCUCGGUGGUGGUAUCCAAGUCGGCAGACGUAUCCAAGGCAACCAUCCAGUCUUCAGUUUUGGACUAUAUCAAAAACAGCGACAGUGACUUCAAUCCCAACGAAUUGUUCCAGCAACGACAACAACGCAACUUCAUCACCAACUUCGACAAGACCCCCAGCCAGAAGCUACCGUCGCGGGCGGUGCCUGGGCCUGAGCCCCGUGAAACCAGUCCUCUUUCCUUUGAUCAGAACCAUAACGACCAGCAUAAUUCAGAUCUUGAUCUUGGUCGCCAACCUUUGGCAAUUGGCCUGGGUGACGAACUGGAGAUCCCCACCCGGAAAAAUAGUAGCAUAUUCUUCAAUGAUAGUUUUGAGGAAGAACCAGAAGACGAAAACUUCGAUGAUGACGAUUACGACUACGAUUAUGACGAUGCGGAGGACGACGAUGACAUGCCAUCUCCUCCACGGUCGCCUCCUCGAGAAAUCGAUCCAGGCAAGCUCUACGGCCUAUAUGACUUCUCGGGACCAGAUCCAUCCCAUUGUUCAAUUGCUAGAAAUGAGCCUGUUUAUCUCAUCAACGACCAGGAUAACUACUGGUGGUUGAUCAAGAAACUUACCAAACAGGAACGCGUCCAGUUGACGACCGAACGAAACUUGAACAAAAGUGAACAAGAAUUGAAUGAAGCCGGAGACGAGUAUCUUUUGUCUGACGAAGAAGACGGGAAAAUAGGGUUUGUGCCGGCUGAAUGUCUUGAAACAUACGGUGAACGAUUGGCUCGGUUGAACUGCUUUAAGAAUGAAGAACUCGAAAAGUCUUCUAGAGAUUUGUUGGUGUCGUCCAACCCCAGCAGCUCAGACAAUGUACUUGGGUCUCCGGUGAUUUUCCAGAAGACACCCGAUACAACUAUAUCUCGAUCAGGUAGUAUUCUUCGCGAUGGUACCAAACAAUUGAUCAACAAGCUGGUCACUUUCGAAGACUUAGGAGUGUUGGAACUCAAUGAGAAUAGUGACAGUGGUGGUGAAGACGAAGAGUUCCCUAGUCACUAUAAUAUUCCUGAAAUUGAGGAAAUCCAUAGAGAGAUCCACGCCGAUGACGAUAAAAAGUCAGAGAUUCUCAGUGAAACGUUCCCAUCAGAGAGUCCAUUGGUGAUAUCCAAGCGGAAAUCAACUUCAGGCUCUCCACUGCCACCCAAAGAUAUGAGCCUAAGCGAAAUCACUCCCGACACCCCUCAGAGUGACUAUCAAACUCCUAUACCGGCCCCGCUCAAUAUAUUUGCCAAAGAUAAUGUGUCGCCUGAGUAUAGGACUCCAGGCGAGUGCAAGUCUUCGGAAGAGAACGAAGAUGCUACGCCUGUUGAGAACUACAAGACUCCUCAAGAACACGACUACGACUACGGCAAUUUCACCGACGAAUACCUCGACGACAAAGACACCUGGACCCAAACCCCCACGUCUGAACGGUUACGCCGGUCUGAAAUUUUGACUCGUUUAAAUCAAGUUACUUCAGAUAUCCAGAACGAACUUGAUGGAUAUGACGAAGAUCUUGACUACAGAGACACCCAUCAGGUGUUUGGCACUGCCGAAGACAAAUAUCUCCUGGAUGACUAUGAUUCUCGGAACAGCUACCUCCUCUCAUUCCAAGAUCAGCGAGACCUGGUGGCAGAAAACGAUGAAGAUGAGGAUCUUGGUGAAUACAAAGGUUUUGACGAUAAAGAAAAAUAUCUUGACGAUAAGGAAAAAGUUCUUGACGAUAAAGCUCUUGGUGAAGAAGUAGGGUCUGGAUACGGUGAUAUUCUAGCCGAUCUCGAUCACGGUUCUGACUUGGACAAUCUUCCCCAAGACCAAUCCAGUCCUUUAAGACCGCAGACUAGUUUGCCUAAACCUACCACUCCGGACUCCAAGAUAUUGGCUGCAAGACGCAAGUCAACACCCGUUCAUGACAUGUUUGUGCCCAUCCUUGGCAAAUUCGAUGAGCUUGCUGAGAAGUUGGCUGAGAUAGAUGAUAUGCUCUGACCCUGCUCAAGCUUUGAAUGCUAGAGCUAUAAAUUGUGUACUAUAAUGUAAUAUUUGUGAGAAUUGCAA